CAAAAACGAUGCAAACUGCCGCAUAACGAGCUGUGAAAGAGGAUUUAUGUUAAGUGUCUUUGAAUAAACCAUGGAGUCACUAAUCGCCCAAAUCACAACGAGGUUUAAGACGAUCAAAGGGCAUAACAACGACGACGCCAUAGAUCGACUCAGUCACGUGUACACAUCAGUUUCACUUGUCAUCAUUGCCAUCUUCCUCACUACAGCGCAUUUCGUCGGCAAGCCAAUUCACUGUUGGAACCCCGCACACUAUGACAAGGACUGGUAUAAGGGCUACAUAGAAAACUAUUGCUGGAUCUCCAAUACGUACCACGUAGCCUUUCAUGACCAGCUACCUGAAGGAAUUGAGGAACGCACGGACAGGGAAAUAACCUACUACCAAUGGGUACCGCUGAUUCUGCUUUUUCAGGCUUUCUUGUUCAAAAUACCGAACAUUAUCUGGAGAUUGCUCCAUUCGCAUGCCGGUGUAAGCCUUCACAACAUGGUCGACCUGGCUGAAAAGACACAGGGGACGUCGCCGAAGGAUCGACAGGAUACUAUUCAAACUCUUGCUGACAUCAUUGAUCACUGGUUGAAAACGGAGAGAUCAUGGAAAGACAAUCGCUAUACAAGGAUGAGAGAUGCAAUGAGUCAGAAAUGCAGUCUGAUGUGUAGUAAACGAGGUGGUAAUUUUCUUGCCGGUCUCUACGUAAUCGUGAAGCUUUUGUUCUUUGCAAAUGUUGUUGCGCAGUUCUUUAUCCUGAAUGCAUUCAUGGCAUCGAAUUACAAUAUGUAUGGAUUUGAGGUCCUUCACAAAUUGUCCGAUAACACUCCUUGGGAUAACAGUCCUCGCUUUCCUCUUGUAACUUUCUGUGACUUCCAGAUUCGACAGCUUCAGAAUAUUGUUCGGUACAGUCUACAAUGCGUUCUCCCGAUCAACCUCUUCAACGAAAAGUUCUUCAUCUUUCUUUGGUUCUGGUUUUUCAUAAUGGGUAUUGCAUCACUGUACAGCCUCGUAAAAACUUUAGUUGUGGUCGUUGACAAUGGCAGUCGCUAUCAAUUCGUUAAAAAAUAUCUGAAAAUUGACAAUAAAAUUCAGAGCGGAUUGGACAGGAAAGUUUGCCGGAGAUUCGCGGAUCAGUACUUGCGAGAAGAUGGUGUGUUUGUCCUUAGAGUUAUCACUAGCAACUCGACGGAUCUUGUCACGACAGAUUUGGUGUCUGAACUGUGGAGAAAGUUUAAUACAGAAGAAGAAAAAGCGUCAGCCAAUCAAUCAUCUAAUGGACUUCGAGAUGAUUUCACUGACAUAAAAGCAAAUAACUAGUCGUAUAUACAUUAAAUGCGCUGAUCAAAACUAUCAAUACUUUUUGUAACUGUAUGCUGCUGGUAUAUUAACAAAUAACUUUUGAUUCUUGAUUUGAACAAAUUCAAGAACUUGCAUCAUAGUAAAAGUUUCAUUUUCUACGUGAAAUCGGUUUCGCAAUACAUGAUGGAAUUUAACAAAAAGUGUAUCUAAAAUCGAGUGUGAACCUGUUUUAUUCUUUCUUUCAAUCAAUCAUUUGCAUUUCUCGCUUGUAAUGUUCUGCUUUAAAACGUUCUUAUGUUUAAGAACAACACAUGCUGGACCAUUCUCUUUAAACAUAGAUGUAGCUACUUAAGCUAAGUUCCUACGUACGUUAAACAAUAGAAUGUGGUAGUAAAAUAAUAAUAAAAUAUAUACACAUCUCUUUUCCGAUCAGCAUAUUGGAACAGAGUGUAGAUAAGAGGAAGGGCCUUGUGUGUAUGAGAUACUCAAAAGUGGAUAUCAUGCAGAUAAAAAAAAUAUAACAUCGAGAAAACAACAUAUUAUCACGAUUCUUGAUAUAUAAACAGUUUAGGAAAUUCUAACUGAACAAUUGGUUGAAAACCAUGUUUGUUUGAUUAUUAUG